CAAUGAUGGUCCACCUAGGAUGAAAUCAUGUUUUUCAGGCCAUGGACUGAAAUGAUUUGCUUCUGGUCAGAGAUUCGAGUCCAUAGUUCACACAAGCGCUUUCCAGGAGCCAGAGCACCGAACUUCGAGUCCUCAUGAGUUUGUAGAGACAUUUGCUCGUGCCCCGCCCCCACCACUGACGUCGAGGUCUCAUCGUCGCCGUGUCUUUACAAUCGUCAGCCAGCCUGUCGACUCGGCUACAUUCUGCACGGUAGCGUCCUGCAAGCACGUAGUUCAACAUGGCUUCUCACGACUCCGAUGCGGAGGAGGCAAUGACACAAGAGGAGAUUGAGGGCACCGCGCCAGCACCAACUACAUCCACGCCUGGCGUAAGUCAGAGCACCAAGAGAAAUGCCUUCACAGAACUGAUGUCUCCCAAGACCAAAGUCCCAGCACGCUCUCCAGCAACAGCAAACUUUUACUCUCGUCCCUCCAUCAAACUCACGUCACUCAACAGCCGCGACGGGCUAGGUGUCUACAUCGCAGACCCAGCCUCAUUCCCGGCGUCCCGGGUGAUCUACCACAACGACGACUUUGUCGCGAUCAACGACAUGUACCCAAAGUCAUCCGUCCACACGCUCCUCCUCCCCCGAUCGGCGAAAUGGAACAGGCUCCACCCCUUUGACGCCUUUGCAAGCCGUGCUACCGAGAACAACAAUGACAAUGACAAUGACAAUGACGGCACAGCGAAAGCUAGGGCAGACUUCCUCGCCAGCGUCCAGACCGAGGCCCUCAGGCUCAAGCAGCUAGUCGCAAAGGAACUCCAGCGCAAGUUCGGCAAGUUCUCCGCCCAAGACUCCCUCCGCGAGUCCAUACUCAACGGGGAGACCGAGUGGGACGCGCAGACGCCCCUGCCCCAGGGCCGGGACUGGGAGAAGGAGGUCCUGGUGGGCAUCCACGCCCGCCCGUCCAUGAACCACCUGCACGUGCACGUGCUCUCGCGCGACAUGUUCUCCGAGUGUCUCCGCCACCGGAAGCAUUACAACUCGUUCAACACGGGCUUCCUGAUUGACGUGGCGGAUUUCCCGCUGGCAGAAGACGACAAGAGGCUGCACCCCGGCGCAGCGGGGUUCAUGGACAGUGAUCUGCGGUGCUGGAGGUGUGGGAGGAAUUUCGGGAACAAGUUCAAGCAGCUCAAGGAGCAUCUUGCCGAGGAGUUUGAGGCGUGGAAGAGGGAGUGAAUGAUGUUAGUAAUGCACUGGCAAGGCAGACAGGGAGUGCUGGUCACA